AUGCACAGCGGGAAGAUACGACAGAAGCGUGCAUGGAUCAUUGAUUCGUUUACUAUCGAGGAAGAAUACACUGGUUCGUUACCAUAUAAAAUAGGCAAGGUUGAACUUGACAGGUCUUAUUUAGUAAAUUACAUAUUACACGGUCAAGGUGUGGAUCAAGAUCCAAUGAAUAUUCUCAGCAUUGACAAAUCAGGUUUUGUUUUAGUACAUGGAAGGCUGGACUAUGAAACCGGCCCUAAAAUCCUCCAUUCGACAUUUGAAGCAAGAAAUGAAUCCAAUAAUGAGCUGGAUACAAAACUUGGGCUUGAGAUCAAAAUACUGGACAUAAAUGACAACGCACCUACAUUUCAAAAGUCAAUCUAUGAAGUGACUGUGGACGAGUCACAUGAUCAAGGUAAAGAACUACUGACUGUACUGGCGUCUGAUCAGGAUGAUUCAAGUACAGACAACGGAACAUUUGUUUUCACAAUCAAGUCUGUCACACCAAAGACAGAUAAUGUUGAAUUUUAUAUUCAGCAGCAAAAAGAAUCUGGGACAAUUUAUUUUAAGGGUUGCUUGGACUAUGAGAAAGCUCAGAAAUAUACCAUCCUUCUUGAAAACAACAUCAAACGCACAGUUUUGGUCCAGGUUUAUCGGAAACUGCGUGGUGUCUGUGGCAUGCCUUUGAAGCGAGGCCUGUGUCUGUGGGACGCUGUAGGCAAAGACGAGGUAUUCAAGGUGUCCUCGUCCUCCUUUUCCACAUCACCCGCGGCACACAUUUUGCAGGGAGGCUCUGCUUGUCAUGUUGCGCGCUUAAAUUGGGAUGAAAGCAGCUCCAUCAGCAGCGGUUUGAGCGACGGUUCAGACAACCUCANCUGA